AUGCUGGGCCAACACGUCUUUUCGCACCAGUAUCAGCACCCGCCGGCCGACUGGCCGCAGUCCCACCAUCAGACCCAUACCCACCAUGCUGCGCAGCAGCACGCCCAGGCGCAAGCCGCCGCCGCCGCCGCUGCCGCUGCUCAGCAGCAGCACUACAAUCGCAUCGCCGCGAGCAACAACGCCUCGGCCGCCAACAUGGGCGGCAUUGCCCAGCAACAGCACGACCAGACGCUCGCCGUCGACCAGGGCAUGACCGAAGAGAACCGCCGCGUGCUAGAGUGGAUCGCCCAGCUCAUGAACCCUCAGACCCGCGAGACCGCCCUGCUGGAGCUGAGCAAGAAGCGCGAGCAGGUCCCUGAGCUUGCAAUGAUCCUGUGGCACUCGUUUGGCGUUAUGACAUCUCUACUCCAGGAGAUCAUCUCCGUCUAUCCUUUGCUCAACCCCUCGCAGCUCACUGCUGCCGCGUCGAACCGCGUCUGCAACGCACUCGCCUUGCUGCAGUGCGUCGCUUCACACACCGAGACUCGCGGCCUCUUCCUGAGCGCGCACAUCCCUUUGUUCCUAUACCCAUUCUUGAACACCACCUCCAAAUCGCGCCCGUUUGAGUACCUCCGUCUCACCUCCUUGGGUGUCAUCGGCGCACUCGUCAAGAACGAUUCUUCCGAUGUCAUCAACUUCCUCCUGACCACCGAGAUCAUUCCUCUCUGCCUUCGCAUAAUGGAGACAGGCUCGGAGCUGAGCAAGACGGUCGCCAUCUUUAUCGUCCAGAAGAUCCUUCUUGAUGACCUUGGCCUGGCCUACAUCUGCCAGACGUACGAGCGUUUCUACGCCGUUGGCACCGUUCUCUCCAACAUGGUCAACCAGCUUGUGGAGCAGCAGACUGUUCGCUUGCUCAAGCACGUCGUGCGCUGCUUCCUUAGGUUGAGCGACAAUGCCCGUGCUCGCGAGGCUCUUCGCCAAUGCCUUCCCGAGCCUCUACGUGAUGCCACUUUCUCUUCGGUCCUCCGCGACGACGCUGCAACGAAGCGCUGCCUCGCACAACUGCUCAUCAACCUCUCGGACAAUGUCGUCGAUGCCUCGAACAACCAGGGCCUGCUCCACUAG